UAACCAUCUAACAGUAAAAAUAAAUAUAUUUCUUGACUCUUCAUCUUUCCAUAUAUAGCCUUUGUUUUCCAUCACUCUGAGAGAAGCAAAAGAUAAGGGAAAAAAUGGCUUCCACUGGUGCUGAACUUGAUAAGCCUCAUGCAGUUUGCGUACCAUACCCUGCACAAGGCCACAUUAACCCUAUGUUAAAAUUAGCCAAAAUCCUUAAUCACAAAGGCUUUCACAUCACUUUUGUCAACACUGAAUACAAUCAUAGGCGUCUCCUUAAGUCUCGAGGCCCUCACGGUUUCAAGAACUUGCCAUCGUUCCGUUUUGAGGCAAUUCCUGAUGGCCUUCCACCAUGUGAUGCUGAUGCAACACAAGAUAUUAUUGCUUUAUGUAAAUCAACAGAUACUACUUGUUUAGGUCCUUUCAGAGAGUUACUUGCCAAGCUCAAUAAUACUUGUUCAUCUAAGGUGCCACCUGUCUCGUGCAUCGUCUCCGAUGGUUCAAACAGCUACACUCUAACUGCUGCCCAAGAAUUGGGUAUCCCUCAAGUUCAUUUUUGGACUUUUGCUGCUUGUGGGACUUUGAGUUACAUGCAUUAUUGUAACCUUGUUGAUAAAGGAUACAUUCCACUUAAAGAUGAAAGUUACUUGACAAAUGGUUACUUAGAGAAGACGACUUUGGAUUGGAUACCGGGUAUGAAAGACGUACGUUUAAGGGAUCUUCCAAGUUUUCUUAAGACUGCAAAUCCAGAUGAUUUUAUGCUUAACUUUAUCAUAUGUAAAACGGAGAGAUCGAAAAAAUAUGCUUCUGCUAUUGUUGUCAAUUCAUUUGAGGCAUUAGAGAAGGAAGUUCUUGAGUCACUUCAAACACUUGUUCCUCCGGUGUAUGUAAUUGGGCCGUUAAAUUUGCUUGUGAAACAUGUUGAUGACAAGGAUUUGGCGGAUUUGGGAUCCAAUCUUUGGAAAGAAGAACCAAAGUGUCUUGAAUGGUUGGAUUCCAAGAAACCAAAUUCUGUUGUUUAUGUCAAUUUUGGAAGUAUUACUGUUAUGACUAUGAACCAUCUUAUUGAAUUCGCGUGGGGACUUGCCAAUAGCCAGCUGGAUUUUUUGUGGAUUAUAAGGCCUGAUGUUGUAUUAGGAGAAGAAGCAAUUCUUCCGCCCGAAUUCUUGGAAGAAACUAAAGAAAGAGGGAUGCUAGCAAGCUGGUGCCAACAAGAAAAAGUCCUCAACCACCCCGCAAUUGGAGGGUUCUUGACUCACAGUGGAUGGAAUUCGACCCUUGAAAGUAUUAGCAAUGGGGUGCCAAUGAUUUGCUGGCCGUUUUUCGCAGAGCAGCCAACUAACUGUUGGUUUUGUUGCACCAAGUUGGGGAUUGGAAUGGAGAUAAACAAUAAUGUGAAGAGGGAUGAAGUUGAAGCCCUUGUAAGAGAGCUGAUGACCGGGGAGAAAGGCAAAGAAAUGAAGAAUAAGGCAACGGAAUGGAAGAAAUUGGCUGAAGAAGCUGCUGCAAAACCAGCAGGAUCAUCUUAUGUGAAUAUAGACAAAUUGAUCAAUGAAAUUCUCCUCGCUCCUAAACAUUCGCUCGUUAAGUAACAUUCUGUUAGUUUUUUUUUUUAUUUCUUCAGUAUAUUAUAUUAUUGUAACACUAUUAAUUGGUUGUUGAGUUUAGCUUGGUUGAGAUAUAUGAUAAUGUAUGUUUCCUUCUAUCAGUA